GAAUUACUGGAGGAUCAACACCACGGAGCUCAAAUGUCAACCGUAGAAUACAUUUCAACAGCUGGAUUUGAGAUUUUGAAAAUCAGCAAUGGAUUGUUGCUUGAAUCUGAUUGUCCUCUUCUGUGGAGUUAACUUCAUCUCCUGCUCUCACUUACCACCACUACGUAAGUACUACUAUGUUGACAAAUUGAUGACCUGGGCUGGAGCUCAGCGUUACUGCAGAGAGGAAUACACCGACCUGGCGACCUUCGAAAGCACGGAUGAUGUCAGCAGGCUGCCACCUGACACCAAACCAUCUAGAUGGAUCGGACUGAGUGACGACCCUAAAUCGUGGAGGGGUACCAUGGGCAAUGACCCCAACUCCUGGAGAUGGUCAUCGACUUGUGAAACCAGUAGAACCGGUUACCAGAACUGGGCGGUGGGGAAACCAGCCAAUGCCCUGCAGCCCUGUGCUGUGAUGCUCGCUGAUGGACGAUGGAAUGAAUAUUCCUGUGAAUCAGCUUUAUAUUUUAUUUGUUACACUGAGACGAACCAAGCAACGAAAAGCUUUGUGUUAAUACAACUUUCAAAACGCUGGUCUGCUGCCCGCGACUACUGCAGAGAACACUUCACAGAUUUAGCCAAGAUUGAGAAUGAUGAGGAAAAGAAUGAGGUCAAUUCCGCAAAUCCAAGCCAUGGCAUAGUUUGGAUCGGUCUGUACCGAGUGCCGUGGACUUGGUCCGACAAGUCACAAAGCUCCUUUAGAGUCUGGGCUCGUGGUGAGCCAAAUAAUUCCGGCAACGAGGAAUUCUGUGGAGCUAUGACAUCAUCACAUCAAUGGAAUGACGUUGGCUGCUCUUACCUAUUCCCGUUUGUCUGCCAUCAAGUUAUCACAUUGAAGACCACGCUCAAGAUGAAGUUUGAGACUGACGCUGAUAUCACAGAUCCAGCUCUUAACGCCCAGAUCCUGCAGCAGCUGAGUGCAGCGCUGACACGUAAGGGAUUCACUGACUUCAAGCUGAGAUGGAAGAUUCCGCCCAAAAAGCAGGAGAAGACCACGGAAACUCAAUGUGUCAUAAAUGAGACGAACCAAGCAACGAAAACCUUUCUGUUGAUCCAACUUUCAAAAAGCUGGUCUGCUGCCCGCGACUACUGCAGAGAACACUACACAGAUUUAGCCAAAAUUGAGAAUGACGGGGAACAGAAUGAGGUCAAUUCUGCAAAUCCAAGCCUUUAUGUUAUCACAUUGAAGACCACGGCACUCAAGACGAAGUUUGAGACUGACGCUGAUAUCACAGAUCCAGCUCUUAACGCCCAGAUCCUGCAGCAGUCAGCAAUGGAUUGUUGCCUUCCUUUGAUUGUCCUCUUCUGUGGAGUUAACUUCAUCUCCUGCUCUCACUUACCACCAUUACGUAAGUACUACUAUGUUGACACAUUGAUGACCUGGGCUGGAGCUCAGCGUUACUGCAGAGAGAAAUACACCGACCUGGCGACCUUCGAAAGCAUGGAUGAUGUCAGCAGGCUGCCACCUGACACCAAACCAUACAGAUGGAUCGGACUGAGUGACGACCCUAAAUUGUGGAGUGGCACCAUAGGUAAAGAGCACAACUCCUGGAGAUGGUCAUCGACUGGUGAAACCAGUCAAACCGGUUACCAGAACUGGGCGGCGGGGAAACCAACCAAUCCCCUGCAGACCUGUGUUGUGAUGCUCACUGAUGGACGAUGGAAUGAAUAUCCCUGUGAAUCAGCUUUAUAUUUUAUUUGUUACACUGAGACGAACCAAGCAACGAAAAGCUACGUGUUAAUCCAACUUUCAAAAAGCUGGUCUGAUGCCCGCGACUACUGCAGAGAACACUACACAGAUUUAGCCAAGAUUUCGAAUGAUGAGGAACAGAAUAAUGUCAAUUCAGCAAAACUACAAUAUUAUAUUGUAGUUUGGAUUGGUUUGUACAGAGUGCCGUGGACUUGGUCUGACAAGUCACAA